UUGGGAGGCAGGCGAGCGUUUUAUGGGCACGUAGAGUCACUGGUACUGAUUGAAAAAUAGCCUAAACGCGCUCAUACACUUUGCUUAUAAUUUGUCGCGGGCGUAAUAAAGUCGCUUUUCUUUGCUCGGACUCGCCGCACAGCGUUGCUCUGUAAACUGGUCAAGUGUGCGAAGCCCGGCGCUACAUUAGUCCUUAAACUUCUUCCCCCAGCGGUGGCGGUGCUCCCGGGAUCUCUCACGGCUCCGUAGCGCUGUUUUACGGGACUCGGCGCUAAUCUUGCGCAAAACGGCGGAUUUGAUCUGCACCGGUUACCUUCUGCACAAGGUCGAAGAAGUCGGAUUAAAGCCGGACUAACGGCAAACUUUUCCAAGGUAAUAACGAGUGUCAAGCCUGAAGCCUUUUCGAUAUGUCUGUGGCAGACACUCCGGACGGGUAACCAGGUGUGUUGCUGUUGCCAUGGCAGCGCAGAUGCUGUCAGCAUUGCCUCUCCUUGCCAACCUCCUGGUCUCCUUAGUGACGGCACAGGACCAAGAGUGGCAUUUUGACUCGGCUACGUGUCGCUAUGCUCUGGGGAUGGAGGACGGCACAAUCCCAGAUUCUGACAUCACAGCAUCCAGCGCGUGGUCAGACUCAACCGAAGCCAAACAUGGCAGGUUGAGUACAGGAGCUGGUGAUGGUGCCUGGUGCCCUGCAGGUUCAGUCUUCCCCAGCGCUUCCGAGUACCUGCAGGUGGACCUGCACACACUGCACUUCCUGUCCCUCGUGGGCACGCAGGGUCGCCAUGCCGAUGGGCACGGGCGGGAGUUUGCGCGGAGCUACCUUCUCCGUUACUCCCGGGACGGCCGACACUGGAUCACCUGGAAGGACCGGUGGGGCCAGGAGGUAAUCUCAGGCAAUGAGAACACGUAUGACGUGGUUCUGAAGGACCUGGGGCCGCCCAUCAUAGCACGAACGGUGCGCUUUUACCCUCUGGCAGACCGCGUCAUGAGUGUGUGUCUGAGGGUGGAGCUUUACGGCUGCCUGUGGAAUGAUGGACUGAAGGCCUACACUGCACCCAUGGGUCAUGUGAUGCACCUGUCUGGCUCACCUGUUUACCUCAACGACUCCAUAUACGACGGCAGCAUUGAAGCAGGGGUGGUGUUCGGGGGACUGGGCCAGCUGUGUGACGGAGUGCUGGGUGGAGAUGAUUUUGUGGAGAGUAAGGAGCUCCGAGUGUGGCCAGGCUACGACUACGUAGGCUGGAGUAGGGAGGCACUGGGCCAGCCCACCGUCGACAUCGAGUUCCACUUUGAGAAAACACGCAUCUUCCACACCAUGCAGGUCCACAGCAACAACAGGCACACUCAGGGCGUGCGCAUCUUCUCUGAGGUGCUGUGCGAGUUCAAGGCGUCCAUGCUGAGCCGGUGGGCAGAGCCACCGUUGCGGCUGCAGGUGCCGCUGGCCGACCUGCGGGACCCGUCAUCCCGUUCGCUCGCCCUGCAGCUGGGUGCCCGCCCCGCACAGAUCCUGCGCUGCCGCUUCACCUUCGCAGACCGCUGGCUACUGUUCAGCGAGAUCAGCUUCUACUCCGAGCCAUUUGAGAGCGCGUCACCGUUGCCCUCCAUAGCUGCCCCCCCCGACCCCUCUGCCACCCCCCGCCUUCACCUCCUCACCACCCCACCUCCAGCCUCCUCCUCCUCCUCCUCCUCCUCCUCCUCCCCCGGCACCAGUAACACUACCACACGCCACACGGGUGAGGACUUUGUUGCCAUCACCCCAAGGGUGGGAUUACCUGUUGCUAAGCAUGACAGUAGCAACACUGCCAUCCUGAUUGGUUGCCUGGUGGGCAUCAUUUUGCUGCUUUUGGCUGUCAUAGUUGUUAUUCUGUGGAGGCAGUACUGGAAGAAACUGCUCGGCAAGGCCCAGGGAAGCCUGUCAAGCGAUGAGCUGCGGGUUCACCUCUCGGUCCCGUCUGACAACGUUGUGAUCAAUAACACGAACACACACACGUACUCCAGCCGUUACCAGCGCAUACACACCUUCCCUGAUGACAGGGAUAGGGACGCGGAGUACCAGGAGCCCAGCACGGUGCUCCACCCACGAGAGCACCGCGACAGCACGGCCUUGCUGUUAAACAACCCAGCCUAUCAUCUUCUCCUGUCUGACCUGAGACAUGGCCACCACAGGCAGCCAAAGUGCCCCAGAGAAGCAGAAAAGCCCCAAAACCUGCCCCAGGCGUGUGGAAUAGAUAGAGACAGCAAAGCUCUACCCAUUCAAGAAGGCCCGCCCCCAUACCCUGGGGCUCCUCCCCCUCUCCUGUCAGGAAGCCACUAUGCAGAAGCCUCGGGGGGUGGGCCCAGUGUGCCUCAUUAUGCUGAAGCAGACAUCAUCAGCCUGCAAGGUGUAAGUGGUAACAACACCUAUGCCGUCCCUGCCCUCUCGGCCACGCCCACUGACUGCCCGCCUCUUCCAGAGCUCCCACGGGAACGGCUCAUCUUCAAAGAGAAACUCGGAGAGGGCCAGUUUGGAGAGGUUCACCUGUGCGAAAUUGAAAACCCUCAAGACCUACCGAACAUGGAGUUCCCAUUCAAUGUGAGGAAAGGGCGCCCUCUAUUGGUGGCCGUGAAGAUACUGCGGCCGGACGCUUCUAAAAACGCCAGAAACGACUUCCUGAAGGAGGUGAAGAUCUUGUCUCGCCUGAAGGACCCCAACAUCAUCCGGCUGCUGGGGGUGUGCGUGAGCAGCGACCCGCUCUGCAUGGUCACCGAGUACAUGGAGAGUGGAGACCUGAACCAGUACCUCUCCCAGAGAGUGCUCCUGGACAAGACCGGACCACUGAACACCACUCCAACCAUCAGCUACCCCGCCCUGAUCUCCAUGGCGAGUCAGAUUGCGUCAGGCAUGAAGUUCCUGUCGUCGCUGAACUUCGUGCACCGGGACCUGGCCACGCGGAACUGCCUGGUAGGGGGGGAGCGGUCCGAAGACGAGGAGCGUCACAUCAAGAUCGCCGACUUCGGCAUGAGCCGCAACCUCUACGCCGGCGACUACUACCGCAUCCAGGGCCGUGCCGUGCUUCCCAUCCGCUGGAUGGCGUGGGAGUGCAUUCUCAUGGGUAAGUUCACCACGGCCAGUGACGUGUGGGCAUUUGGGGUGACACUGUGGGAAAUGCUGAGUGUGUGUCAGGAGCAGCCCUACAGUCACAUGACUGAUGAGAAUGUCAUCGACAAUGCAGGGGAGUUCUUCAGAGACCAGGGAAGACAGGUAUACCUGGCUCGGCCAGCUGUGUGUCCACAGGGUUUGUAUGAGCUGAUGCUGAGCUGCUGGAACAGAGACUGUAAACUCCGCCCCUCUUUCGCACACAUUCACUCCUUCCUCACUGAAGAUGCCAUGAACAUGGUGUAGCAAGAUGGAGAGAGAGAGAGGAGAGACAAGAUGGGACAAAAUGAAACCAACUCCUAACAGCCCAUCACUUCUUCAAACAGAAGACAGAUUUAUGGAUGUGUGUGUGGCUGUGUGUGUGUGUGUGUGUGUGUGUGUGUGUGUGUGUGUGUGUGUGUGUGUGUGUGUAGACCACACAAGCUGGUGGAGGGGUAGCUGAUGUAGAAGUAGGCGGAGCUAAGCAUUCUUAUGUAAAUUAGUAUACUAUGUGAUUGGUGGGUUAAGAGACACUGCUGGUCCAGUGCUCUCACUUCACCUGCUUCAAAGCUAAAAACCCAAACUAGUCCUAACCUCAUUCUUGAACCCUGUUCCCUACACCCCAAAGUUAGUCCUUAGUUUAAGUGAUAAACCUACACCAUGAACCCCUUACCUAAGAAUCCAGAAUUGUUUAACCCAUCAUCUUAAUUUUUGUAACCAUUUUCUACAAAUUGGUGGAGGGCUUUUCUUUAGCUGAACAGCACAUACUAUGAUCGAUGUAAAUGAAUGGAUGGAUUCAUGGAAAUCUUUAACCAUAGCGAUUCCCAGCAAAAUAAAACUGCUACUUCACUAAUUACAAUAACUGCACAAAGCAUAAUUAACUAACCAAUAAUAACAUUACUGAUACAAAAAUAUUUUAACAAUCAGUAGCAUUUUAAACAUUUAUUUUUUUAAUUAAGGUAACUGGUAGUUAAGGAUGACUUGUGUCUGAUCUCGUGGGCACGAGUAGAUCAGUGGUGAAUGAUUUAUUACUUAAACCCAGCACGGGGAGUGCAUCUUCAUAAGCAUUCAGUAAGCUGCACACAUACUCAAGACUCUUCUGUUCGAGUAGAAUUAUUAAGUGAUUAUUUUUGAGGGGUUAUUCUUGACAUGUCAUGAUAGACAUGAAGCUUCAUAACCAUUUUGAUCAAUUCCAAUAUUAUACUGCCACACUGAAAUAGAUUAUUGAGGAUAUAUGUGUAGUAAAACCUUUCCACACUGGGCCUUUAAAUGACAAAUUGGGGCGGUACUGAAAUUUUAAUGAAAUCUUUCUACUAAAUGGAAGCUCAUCAGAGCUCAGUAUAUGGAUAAAAAAAGAAGACACAGACCCACCCACGUUGUUUACAUCUGACUCCCAUCUGAGUGGUGUGAAGUGUAGCUAACAUGAGCAUGGCAUGACCCAUGUGGGGUCAUCAGAGAUGAGCUGUGCAGUAUGUACUAGUAAACCUGAAAUGGAAGAAGGAGCCAAGAGAUAAAGGGUAAGAAAUUAAAUUCCUGUGGAGGGCUUUUAAUGCAAAAAGUGAUGGGGCCUCAGAUCCUGUUUAUACUGCAGUUGUGAAUUGAACAGGAUUUUAUUCUGGUCUAGAAUAAAUCCAUAUGAAUGAGUUUAAACCGUAUUUUAUUUGAAUUGAAUGAACACACAAUAUUGUACUGUGACCUGCUUCCUGAUGACCUUCACAUAACGUCUUUACUACAACUCUCACACACGCACACAGGAUUGGAAAGAGAAGACAAACAUAGCAAUGGUAAAGUGUAAAUAUGUAUAUCAGUAAGUGAAAGGAGUGUGUGUUCAUGACGGUUAUGCAUUGACUUCUCAGCGCCACCAGGGGCCGCUGUUGCACUUUAAUGUCAGUCUGACCUAUGACAUCACCAAUAUGAACUUCUUUGGUUGUUGUGUGACUAAAUGUUCAGUAUGACAGAGCUCAAAAAGGCUGUUUAACCCACAGGAUCAUUUACAAAACUUUCUACCAGCAAACUGGUGUAGCAUAUACUUCUACAGUUCGCAGAGUAAAACUCCGCCAUCGUAAAAACCCUAAGGUGGUGUCUAUGUUUGAGUGGGAGCAGAGUAACAGUAAACCAACUAAUCAUAGUAAUAUGCAUACUGUAAUAUACCUAGUGAAUGUGGUUCAUAAAUGGUUAUGUUGCUAUGACGUCAAGUGACCUUUAACCUUUUUGAUACACUGUAGUCCUGAACUAAAUCUUGUAUUUUUAUAAAUCUGACUUCAGGCAUACUUUGUCUUCAGCUAUGCCUUUCUGUUCAUGGUCCUUUAAUGUAAAAAUUAAGAAUAUGUAAAUAGUCAAGGGGACAUAAUUUUCUUCACUAAUAUUUGAUAUCUUUGUUGUGAUGGGUCUGUCAGUGCUUUGCUACCUGUGUUCAGUGCUGUUGUCUGUUGUCUAUUUUCGUAGUUGUUUAAAUAAAGUAACCAUUAUAGUCAAAUA